AUGGGGCUUUCUCCAGAAGACGAAGAGCCGCCGACACGAGAGAGAACCAUGGACAUCAUCCCUCCAACGACGUUGAAGACAAUGGUCAUUCAUGCGGUACGGUGUGAUUCUGCUCUAUCGGGGCAUGGGGGACACAAUAGUGAGACCGUGUAUCUCGAUCAGCCACGGUUGUUUAAGGGCGACAGUCGUGCGAGCGCUUUGCGUGGCCAAGUGGAGCUUCCUGAUGAUAUCGAUGAGUACUUGGAGACUUAUGACGAUGUCAACCUAAUCAUCCGACGGCGUUACGAUUGCUUCAACUUCCACGCCCAAUGCGAAGAAUUAUUUGAACGACUUCCGCAACCAAUCCAUCCACGACUCCCUCCCAAUGUCCGAUCCUACUUCUAUAUCCUCCCAAACGACUCCGAUUUUGCUCCCUCAUAUGGCGAAGAUCUUAUACCAUCAAGGGAGUUGGCGAGGGCUAUGGACACGCUAUCAGUACACGACGUUACGUUUGCGGGAUGGCAGACGAAUUUUAGUCCACCGUAUUUACAGUUAUACCAGAACGCCACCCUACUCAUGAGCAUCGCACAGAACUUUCUUAACAAAAGUGGCCUGAGUUGUGUUGAGCAGUUGAUUCGGUAUAUCACAGAGACUUCUGGACUUGAAUAUGAAGAGGCAGAUGAAUUAUUCUCCCAAGGUCUCGUAAACGAGAAGCACCUGGCAAAACUAUUCAAGUCGAACGACAUUCUGGUUCGAUUCGAAGAAGGACACGCUGUCGCAUGCGUCUCGACGAAAUGCACUUUCCAUCAAACGACCUACCCGAGUUUGACGUGUUACAGUUGGGCUUUUGAUGGGAGGUUUUACAAAGUGGAAAGCCGUCUCACUGUCCAAUGGCCUUUCAAUGCCCGUGGGUCUAUACCAAUCACGUCACUGCCUAUCUACCCCUUAAAGUUCGAUUCCACCAAGGAGUUGGAAACAACUCUGCGGAAUCGUGGAGCCAUGUUUUGGGCGUGUCGAAAAGGACAUUUCGUUGGUUAUGAUGCGCCAAAGGCAUCAUUCGACAUUCAAGUUUCCAACGCAAGAUAUAUGAUAGAUAUGGAAACGUAUCGGGAACUUCAUGGGCUCAAUCAAAAUGAAGAAAUCCGCCCAGAAAGUGACCUCGAUAAGGAGUCUAUGGAUCAGGAAGUUCCGCCGGAAGACCCUUUCCUUCUGCUACUUCCCGCCAAAGUCCGGGGUUAUGGAUUACAUGACAAGAAGUGGAGGACCCUCUACAUCAGACACCUCCAUGAGAUACAAUGGAACAAGAAGGCGUUUGAGCAAUUGGUUUUGGAUCCACACAAGAAAGAGCUCGUCGAGGCCAUGGUUCGCAUUCACUUAUCUUCGACGGCGUCUCCCGACAUGAUUGAAGGAAAGGGGAAGGGACUAAUCAUUCUUCUUCAUGGUGGUCCGGGUACCGGAAAGACACUAACCGCAGAGAGCGUGGCAGAGUUAGCCGAGAGGCCGCUAUAUCGUGUCACUUGUGGUGAUAUUGGAACAGAUCCCGAGAGUGUAGAGCGGUAUUUAGACUCGGCUCUAUACAUCGGAAAAAUCUGGAAAGCUGUCGUUCUCCUGGAUGAGAGUGACGUGUUCCUCGAAGAACGUGAGAAGACUGAUCUGCAGCGAAACGCCCUGGUCUCCGUUUUUAUCCGCGUCCUCGAGUAUUACGAAGGGAUUCUGAUUCUCACAUCCAAUCGUGUGGGUAUAUUCGACGAAGCUUUCAAGUCCCGCGUACAACUUGCAAUGCACUACCCCCCACUUGACGAGAAGGGAAGAUGGCAGAUUUGGAACAACUUCUUCAGACUUCUGGAGAAGAAAGAUUCGAGGGAGGACGUCAACAUUGAAGAGUUGAAGGAUAAGAUCGAUGUAUUGGCAAAAGAGAAGCUGAAUGGCCGCCAAAUCCGGAAUGCGAUCACGGCCGCGAGGCAACUGGCUCGUUUCCGCAACAAGCCCUUGGGAUAUACACAUCUGGACCAGACAAUUCGGGUAGUAGAUGAGUUUGAGUCGUACGUUGAAAAGACACAGGGGAACAAGGCAGGAGACUAUGCACGGGCAACAGGUAUACGGCUAGAAUGA